AUGCUCCUCGCUGCCCUCUGCCUGCUCCUCGUGUCCACGCCGGUGCGCGCGCUGUCCGGGCUCAAGGCCCCGCCGUCGUUGAUGCCCGGGCAGGUCGUGGCGGUGACGUGGGCCGCGGACGGGCGGGAUACCGACGACCUCACCGUCGUCCUCUGGAGCACCGGCCCGGCGCCCACCUUCAGCGGCUACCUCGCGCUCGCGAACGCGGUCGACCCGCAGGCCCAGUCCGCGUCGUUCCUCGUGCCGGACGUCCUCCCUGCCGCGGGGUACAUGCUCGGCCUGAGCAGCAUGGCGGCCCCGUACACCGUCCUCACCAAGUCCGCGCCCAUCGCCAUUGGUAUCGGCCAGAACGCAACCGCCGGCGCGACUGUCACCACCGCCACGGGGACGCCGCCCUCCAAAACUACGCCGGCGGCUGGCGCGGCCUCGAGCUCGCACCACGGCCCGGGGCUCUCGAUCAGCUUCCGGCCUGACCCGUCGUCUGGCACCGUGUCAGUGAGCAAGCCGGUCGCAAGCGCCAGUGCGGGCCGCAUUACCAGCACCGGCAGCGCCGCACGUGCGUCUCUACCCGGCGGGAUCCCGGUGUCGUUCCCGACGGGCUCGUUCAGCUACGCAUACCCGCUCACCGCGCUCUCGUCCGCGGUGUCCUCCAAAGCGAGUGUCAGCGGGAGCGCCAGUGUCAGCGUCGUCUCGCAGCCGAGCACGAACGCUGCCGUGCCGGCGCGCAAGGGCCUGGAGGUGGAGGUGGGGCUGACGCUCCUGGUCGGUGUGGUGUUCUUCGGCUUGGUAGCUUGA